AUGCCGCACAUUAGACCCACCGAUCAAUCCCAUGUAAUGAACUGUACUAGCACCAGAUGGAGAGAAUAUGAUGACAACACCAAACAACCAGCAAUCUGUCACAACUGCUACGAUUCUCGUAAUUUCAGACUUGGCAGCUUUUAUUUUGAUAGUUUUACAGCAGUUGACAGACUCUACUUUGACUGUCUUACAGCAACAACCUCAUCCCUUGUUAUGGAAGAUACUGGCAGAGGUGCACAUGGACCGACCUUCGCUAUGAAACUCGUUGGGGCUUGGCAGCUUGCUGGUUCUUUGUUACGGGAUAUUGUAAUUUAUCUGGUCACAAAAUGCAAUCUUAAUCUGCAUCCUUCCAUGGAAGGAAGUUCCGCAAAACAAGCUACUCAACAACUGCGGUUGA